AUGGACGUGCUGGGCUGGCUGCUGGCCCCGCUCCUGCUGCUGUGCGCGCAGCCGCACCGCGGCGCCAGAGCAAUGAAUGACAUUGGGGACUAUGUGGGCUCCAACUUAGAGAUAUCCUGGCUCCCCAAUCUGGACGACCUAAUGGAGGGCUAUGCUCGCAACUUCCGGCCUGGCAUUGGAGGCCCUCCUGUGAAUGUGGCUCUCGCCCUGGAGGUGGCCAGCAUCGACCACAUCUCUGAGGCAAACAUGGAAUACACCAUGACAGUGUUCCUGCACCAGAGCUGGAGGGACAGCAGGCUCUCCUACAACCACACCAAUGAGACCUUGGGCUUGGACAGCCGCUUUGUGGACAAGCUGUGGCUCCCUGACACCUUCAUCGUGAAUGCCAAGUCUGCCUGGUUCCACGACGUGACUGUGGAAAACAAGCUCAUCCGUCUGCAGCCCGAUGGUGUGAUCCUGUACAGUAUCCGAAUCACCUCCACAGUGGCCUGUGACAUGGACCUUGCCAAGUAUCCCAUGGAUGAGCAGGAGUGCAUGCUGGAUCUGGAGAGCUAUGGCUACUCUUCUGAGGACAUUGUCUACUAUUGGUCCGAGAACCAGGAGCAGAUCCAUGGGCUUGACAGGCUGCAGUUGGCCCAGUUCACCAUCACUAGCUACCGCUUCACCACAGAGCUGAUGAACUUCAAAUCUGCUGGCCAGUUCCCGCGGCUCAGCCUGCACUUCCAGCUACGGAGGAACCGGGGUGUCUACAUCAUCCAGUCCUACAUGCCCUCUGUCCUCCUGGUCGCCAUGUCCUGGGUCUCCUUCUGGAUUAGCCAGGCAGCAGUGCCUGCCAGAGUGUCUCUAGGCAUCACUACUGUGCUAACGAUGACCACACUCAUGGUGAGUGCCCGCUCCUCCCUGCCACGAGCAUCGGCCAUCAAGGCUUUAGAUGUGUACUUCUGGAUCUGCUAUGUUUUUGUGUUUGCUGCCCUGGUGGAAUAUGCCUUUGCCCACUUCAAUGCUGACUACAGGAAGAAGCGAAAGGUCAAGGUCAAAGUCACAAAGCCAAGGACAGAGAUGGAUGUGAAGAACGCCAUCGUCCUCUUCUCUCUUUCUGCUGCUGGGGUCAGCCAAGAACUGGCCAUCUCUCGACGGCAGGGGCGUGCCCCUGGGAACCUCAUGGGCUCCUACAGGUCUGUGGAGGUGGAAGCGAAAAAGGAAGGAGGGCCCCGAACAGGAGGCCCAGGGGGCAUCCGUGCCAGGCUCAAGCCCAUCGACGCAGACACCAUCGACAUCUAUGCUCGUGCAGUGUUCCCUGCAGCCUUUGCUGCUGUCAACGUCAUCUAUUGGGCUGCAUACACCAUGUGAGGGCAGCCCAUGGGCCACUUUCAUUUACCCUGCUGUCAGGGUGGCAGCUGCCAGAACUUCCCAAAAGACCUCUUUCUGGGAGUCUCAAAGUGGGAUGGAGAGGAAGCCUUGGUCUCCUCAGCUUUACCACAGCCUUAUACUAAAGACCAGCCUGCACUCCCUGCAGACAAAGCAGGGUGGUUUUGGACAGGCAGGAAGAACUGACCUGAUGCCAAGGCUGAGCCUGGCACUGUUGGGUCUUCAGGGGUUGUGAAUUUUUAGAUUCAGACUGAUCCUGAUUUCCAGGCCUUUGCUCUAUGGGCUCAGGAUCAGAGAGCAGGAAGAGCGUGGGUGGAUGGCCACUGUCGUGGUCAA